AUGAACAAUCGUGAUAAUAAAAAUACAGUAUAUGUCGAAAAAGUACCAACUUUUUGUUUUCUUUUUGAUAGUCUGCAAUCGGAAUAUUUGAAUGGAACCCAAAAAUACAAAUCCACAAUUACAUUGUAAAAUAAGAGUAAAGAAUUUUAGUAUUAAACCUUCAACUUUGUAACAUAAAUAAUGAUUAGUGAUUUGAUUUUGUUUUGGGAAACUGGAUAUUUAAAAGAUAAAUUAAAUGUUUCAGGCUACAUUAAUUUAAUUUCUUUGUUUGAUAAUUUUAAUAGAAAUUCAAAUAGAUAUAAUAAGCAAUACAUUUUAUGCUUUUAAUAUAUUAAUAAGGAAAAUGAAAAAUUAUCAAUAAUUUCUCAACACUAAGUAGUUUGUAAUUAUUGUACCUCUUUCAAACAACAAUUUGAAGAACUUUUACCAAAACUUUCUUAAUAUAUUGAUAAAAAUGGUAAAGAAUUGAUUGAUGUUAUUAACUAAGCUUUGAAUAUUUAGAAAAAUUUAAUCCAUAAAAUCUAAUAAAAAUACAAAACACAUGAGUUGAUGAAAAACAUUCAGAAAAGAUUUCUUUUCAAAUUAUAUUUAUCAAAUCCACAAAAUGAUGAGGAAUAGUAAUCUGAAACAUACUUUGAAGAAAUUAUUGAGAAACAUAAGAAAAUUGGAAAUCUUCCAUAUUUUGUUUAUAUCACAGAUUAAUUGAUUGAGGCUGAUUUUAACACUUUAUAAUUUGUUUAUAACUCUAUAAAGGAUCAAUCAGCUUUUGAAUAUUUUAAUUAACAAUAAAAUAUUAUAGAUGAUUUAGAAUUAAAUAAUUAUCUUUUAAAUUGUUUGAAAAAUUCAGAAAUAAAUAUCAAGGAUGAAAAAAAUUAAACAGAAUUUUUGAAAUAACAAAAUAAAGAAAUAUACAUAUAAAAGCUAAUUAAUCUACCUAUUGAAAGAGAUUAGAAUUUUAAUUAGUUUAAAGAUGAGUUUAUAAAUUAAUUAAAAAUAAAAUUUUGGAUUUUUUAAAAUGAAUUAACUUAAAAUGAUGAUUAACUCAAUCAUAAAAUAAAAUAAAUUUUCAACAAAUAUUCAAGAGCUAUUUUUAUAAAAAUUCCAUUGACCCGUUAAUUUUAAAGCUUAAUCAAAAAAAUUAUAGAUGAUGAGGAUAAGGAAGGAUUAAUUGAAUAUAUGUUAGAAUAGAAAAUAAACAAGAUUCACAAAUAUGUUGAAGAUAAACUCCAAAAGUAUAAUUUAUCUAAAUUAAAUACAGAUUUAGGUAAUAUAUAUAAAGGAAAUAAGUAAAUUUAUUUACAAAAAUUAAAAAAUAAUUUAAUAAUUACUCAAUAAGUUGAUAUUAUUAUGGAUUACUGUGCAAGAAUUAGAAUAUUGAUUGAAUAAUUACGUCCUUCAGCCUUAGUUGAUUUUACUGAUUCUGAUUAAUAAGAUUACUUAAUUGAAUUGUUGAAAUUUUUUUUUCCAAAUUAUAAUAAUUUGGAUUAAGAUGUAAAUUUUAUUCAGGAAUUAUCCUUAAUAACAAAUAAAUUUUGUCCUCUUUUAAGUAUUGGAAAGUCCUCUUCAUUUAAGAUGUAUAAGAAAAAUUUUGAGGAAAAAUAGUAACAAUAAUAGAAUUUAUUAAAAUUUAUUGAGAAAUCAUAAAAAAAAGCGGAUUUCAAAUUAUAAUUUUUAAAUUAUGAAAGGGUUAACAUUUACUAAUGUUUUGAUGAUAUCUAAGAUUUUAAUUAAUUAUAAAAUGCGUUAUACUAAAACAAUAAAUGGGAUUAGUUUUAAAAGUUAUUAAUCAAAGAGACUAAAAUACAAUUGGAGAUAUAAGGAAAAAAACUGAGAAAAGAAAAGUUUAAUGAAGAAAAAAAUAAAAUAAAACAAAUAUGUGCAGAAAAAUAGAUACCUUUUAAGCUAAUAGAAACAAUUUAUAAGUAUAGUUAUUAAGAAAUGAAAGAAAAUGAAAAUAUGGAAAAAAUUUUUUCAUUUUUUAAAUAAAUUAUAGAUGAAGAUUAUGAGAGUCUUUCUGAAUUAUAAAAAUACGUAGAAAUAGAUAAGUAAGAGAUUGAUAAUAGAUAAAAAUAAAUAAACGAAUAUUUAGAAUAGUAAGUUGAAAAAGCUUACCAAUCAAUAUAAGAAUUUGAAGAAGAAGUUACAAAUUUGGUGACAAAAUGCAGGUAAAAUCAAUUUAAAAAAUAAUAUAUUUAAAAAAAAUUAAUAUAAAAAAUAUAAUAGGUAUUUAAUAAUGAAUGCGAGUCAAUACUUUAAAAUCCUCCAACUUUUAAUUAAUUCAAAUUAGAAAUAUCUAAUCAGGAAUAAGAAAUUCAAGAUAUUGAUAGUAAAAUAGUGGAAUUUUAUGAAAAUUAAUUGAUGGAUUAUUUAAAAAAGUAAUUUUUAUAAUAAUGA